CGCCAGCCGGGAGCCUGCAGAUCUAUGUCAGGGAUCUAUCUCAGGGGUUGGUGAGGUGGUCGUUCGUGCGCGGCGCCGAGAGCCGCCGACUUCGUAAAAUAUCCUCAUUUUCUUGUUUACCACCAUCUUUCAGGUUGGCCUCUUCAGAACUUCAUCCACAUUCAAAGUUCUUGCUCAAACCCUCGAACUGCCUGCUGGGACGUAUACUACUAGCCUGGGUUAUCGCAACGACUUGCACUCAACCUGCUGCCCCGUACACCCCGGGCCGGUGGCCAUGACGGCGUCAUCCGAGUCGGUGGUAGCCUCGAAGGGUCCGCUCGUCCUAGAAUCCUCCAGUCCACGCUCUCCGUCACCCCCUCUUCCGUCGCAAGCUGGCCGGGUUUCGGAAUGGUGGGCGCAGGCAUGGCGAGAUACCCACGCCGACUUCAAAGCCACGACGCCCGCCGGGUGGCGCCAGGCAUUGCUACGGAUUAUUUUCUCUUGUCUUACGAUGGGCCUGUUGGGUACCGUGAUAUUCGUCACGGUCCUAUUCGCAGGACUCUCAGGUAGCGCAUGGUAUGGUUCGGCAUGUCGACCGGACGACUCGUUUAGCGUGUACCAAGGCUUUGACUACUGGCGGAUCGAUGGCUUUUUCCAGAUUACCCUUCCUUUAAUCGGGCCCCUUGACUUCACUCAGGCCAAGGUUGUCGACAUCAUCUGGGAUCUGGCCGUGGGGAAAGGCGGACAGGCCUUUUUGGCUUUCUUUUCGUGGAAGGCCUUUUCUACCUACGUCAGAAGCGCCAUGCAUACCGGUCCUGUCACGUACAGCUCCUUCUUCGCCGUCUUUCUUGAAAGCGACGCCUCCCCGAUGUCGACGUAUCGGAUCACACGAGACUUUACGACAAGGGGGCCGCUCCGCUCCAAACUGGCCAUGGCCUGCAUCGUUGCGACCAUGGCUUUUAUUAUCGCAUGGCCUACCCUCGCCAGCGCUAUGACAGGUUAUGCGCCGGCUACCCAGGCCUUUGUCCUCGAUAUCGAGAAUAAUCUCAUAUCUUUUGGUAGUUUCACUACAGUGGCCUAUGUCAUCCACGAUGGGCAGCGGGUCAACCGCACCAAAGAUUAUCUCGUCCCAUACGAACAUAGAGGCCGGGCAUAUGGGUGCCGCUCUGGCGAUGACGAUUGCGUUUACAGUUCUAGUACAUAUUAUGACGAGCCAUCGAUAGACCCAGACGGGUGGAUUACCGAUUACUGCGGGGACGACGUGGAUACACCAGCGUGCUCUUUAUUGGCAGCCGUCUCAGAAUAUACCAAGGAAUACGGCUUUCUGGCUCUCGAUAAAGCUGGCAACCUCAACGACAUUGAGACUAGGUGGAUGAACCAAACUAUCGGAAAGCCGGCUCUUAAUAUUUCUGCUUUCUACGUACCUCCCUACGGGGGCGCUGGCUAUGGUAGUGGUUAUUACGGAUAUAACUGGACCGACCCUCGAACGAACCAAACCCCGUAUAAUGUCAGCUCCAACCGGGCUUUCAUGACGCUUUCUGGCAAUACCGCCUACAGCGUGGAAUACGUUGAGAAGAACGGCACCUGUCAAGGGGUUGGUAACACAUACCAAUGGGGUUUCUCGUUCCUGCAGUUAUUCAUUGUCGAAUUACUCCUACUGCUAUGGAUCGCGGUGAUGUAUACCAUGUGGUUAAAGGGGCAUCUCGAUCUGAAACAACGGCACGGGGGCGAAGUGCCGGCCAAGUUCAAAGCGGUGCUCGAGCUGGCCGCGGCCCUCAACCACGGACUUGCGGAUAUCGGCGAGCCCCCCGACGGCCUAACCAACCGACAGCUCGAGCGCUACAUCUCCAAACAGCUGAACGGCGGCAGAGUCGCGAUGGAGAUGCCAUCAUCAGCAAGCGGAUACAGCUUUCGAAAGGGCGCAUGGGGCUGGAUCAAGAGGAUCAAGAGGGAGAAGUGGUGGGUCGUAUUGUUUAUGGUGGCCGUCUUCAUCUCGGCAUUCCCAGCCGUAUGGUUGCGGCCCUUGAUACCGUUCGCCUUUUUUGCGAUUUUCGCUGCUAGUGUUAUUCUGGCACUCGCCAUCGGGCGGACUAGGGCAAGUCGAGUGUUUAUUUGCCUAGCUGGUCUCAUUAUUUCUCUGUGCUUGGUCGCCGGCGCAGGAUUUGCAGUUACUACUUGGUCUCGCGUACGAAGCAUAGACAGGGAAGGAGACAUUUAUGCGAAAUUUCGGGAUACUUUAAUGUAGAUAGUUGAAUAGGAUGUCAGAGGAGA